AUGUCUUCCACAAACAACACCAACGCUGCUACUGCCGACACUACCCCAGCCAUCCCCGAGUAUCGCAAGAAGGUCAUCAAGACCAUGAAUACCCAGGAAGCCAAGAAGAAGGAGGGCAUCACACUCCUCACCCCGCAACCCAGUCCCCACGGCCAUGCUCGCGUAUACCAAGACUUCCGUUGGUCAAACGCUCAACGCGAUCGCUUCCUCGCUGACGGUACUCUACCCUUCGACGUCAACAACGUACCCUCCAACCUCAAGCCUGUUCCCAUUGGCAUGUGGAUCUUCGAUGGUAGAGGUAGUACCCAGCACUCCAUGCCUGAGAUCGAGAUGAAUCCUCUGCCUGAUCUUGAGCGCAACAAGGCGGUUGUGGUCAUCGACUUUGGCAUUCCGGAUUACUUGUGCAUGAUCCCGCCUGGUCUUUGUCGUCUGGUGCCUACCGGUCCUAACAAGGGUCGCUUGGAGCCCACUUUUGGUAAUCUGUCUUGA